UUUAUAUUUAAGGGCAUGAUUGAUUCUAGUUUUGGAACCAAAUUGAAAGAAAGGUGGGUAAAUUGAAACUAACACUUGAAAUAAGGAGUCAACGUCGAAUUUUCACGCAGCAAGGUCGUGGUUACAGAAAACAAGACAGUUAAUCUGCUAAGUAUUUGCCUGCGGCCAAGCUGGUUUUUCAAUUUUUCCAAUGGAAGGCAAGAAGGAAAUAGAUGGAGCAAAAGAGAAACCUGCUUCUACGAGUUUUUCUUUGCAUUGGAGCCAGUGGCAACUGAUCGAUUCGAUUCUUCCUACUGGUGGGUUUGCUCAUUCGUUUGGUAUUGAGGCAGCUAUUCAAGCACGUGUGAUUUUGAAUCCAGAAGACUUCCAAACUUAUGUAAUUCAUGUUUUGGAGAACACGGGAAGCUUGCUUCUUCCUUAUGUGUACUCCGCAGCAAUGUGUCCGGAUUUGGAUAAUUGGCGGAAACUUGAUAGAAUGCUUGAUGCUACUUUAACUAAUGAAGUAAGUCGAAAGGCGUCUGUUUCACAAGGAUCGGCGCUAAUGAGAGUGGCUGCGGCUGUGUUUACAGAAAUCCCAUCUCUUAAAAUUAUGAGAGAGAUGUCUCUUGGUUCUGGGAUUGUUGCUUUUCACCAUGCUCCUGUCUUUGGGAUUGUUUGUGGGCUUCUGGGCAUGGAUAGUGAAACUUCUCAGAGGGCUUACAUGUUUAUCACAUUGAGAGAUGCUUUUUCAGCUGCAACAAGGCUGAAUUUGGUGGGACCUCUUGGUGCUGCUGUAUUGCAGCAUCAGGUGUCUAUUGCUGCAGAAACUAUGCUAAAAAGGUGGAUGAACCGUGAGGUUGAGGAUGCAUGUCAGACAGCUCCUUUGCUUGAUACUUUACAGGGAUGCCAUGGCUAUUUAUUUUCAAGAUUAUUCUGCUCUUAAUGUCCUAUGUAAAUGUACAAUACCCACACAAAAUGAAAUUCUGAUUCGAUUGUGCCUUUUCUCAUGCUAUGAGGCUUUAGCAACCAGUCAAUGUCAGGAGGAUAGGCAAUGGUGGUUGAGUCUUUAUAACAAAGUGUAACUGUCAGGGUACAAACAAAUUACUGCAGAAUCAUCUUGUGCUGCAAACAUGCUCCUCCAUGGUUAGUUUAUUAAUUAAAAAACUGAGAAGAAGUUUCUGAUACUAAAA